CACACACAUACACACAGGUGAGCGGUGAUACACAACUUACCUGUAUAACACACACACACACAGGUGACACACAUACACAGCAAUGCCGGAUUGGAUCUAAAUCUGGAGCUGGAUUUGCUUCGGAACCUGGAUCGGGAUCGGGACCGGGAUCUGGUUCGAGAUCUGAAUCCUGAUCCAGAAGGAGAUCUGCUCCGGCAUCUGAAUCCGAAUCCCCCAUCGGGAACCGGUUCGGGAUCUGAAUCCUGAUCUGGAGCGUAGUCCGUUGCGGGCAUCCGGCUUGUGCGCCAUGGAUCGGCUGCCGUCUGCGGGCGGAUCGAAGCGUCUGAGGCCGUGGCUGCUGGAGCAGAUCGAGAGCGGCCUCUACCCGGGUCUGCGCUGGGAGGACGACUCCAAGGCCACGUUCCGAAUCCCCUGGAAGCACGCGGCCAAACACGACUACUGCCAGCAGGAAGACGCGGCCCUUUUCAAGGGCUGGGCGCUGUUCAAGGGCAAGUUCCGGCAGGGAGACCGCGCGGACCCCCCUGCGUGGAAGACGCGUCUGCGCUGCGCCCUCAACAAGAGCUCCGACUUCGAGGAGGUGUCGGAGCGCAGCCAGCUCGACAUCUCCGAGCCCUACAAGGUCUACCGCGUGCUGCCAGAGGGCUCCCGGGGAAAAGGAGACACGGACGAUGACGACGACGUCACGGACGACAAGAUGAACAUCGUCAACACAGACGCCUACAGCGUGUAUCGCAGAGUGAGCGCUGUGCAGCGCACUCACCCGCUCACUCACCCCUAA